AUGGAAUGCAGAUUUCAUUAAAACUAAUAAUUAGGUUGGAUAAAUACCUCAAACGGUCCCUUAUAGGGUACUUAUUUAUGUAACAUGUGCCGAGAUUUCUAUUAUUCUUUCCGGGAAAUUGAAAUAAGAACAUAAGAUUAAGUACAGGAGAUGCAAUUUAUCUUAAAUGAAAUACCUCUCAAAAUCAUUUCUAGCUAAAUCAACAACAUAAAUUUCUCUAUAUUACCAUUUUAAUCUUUUUUAGAUAGAUUGGAAUUACAACGAAAAAAUAAUUUUAAAACGUAAUCUCUAAUUGAUUUGAGAGAAUCAAUCUAGAUGAAAUAAAAAUAAAUUGAGGAAAAAUUUUCCAAGAUUUUAACAAUAUUGAGGGAGUUUGAGCAGUAGAAUACAGAUUUUGAAAAAUUAUUCUAACUUGAUAGCGAUUCCCCAUUUUCAGAUAUUUAUGGGGAAAGGCUCAGAAUUUUAGCACAUAUACUUGAAAAUAAUGUAAUUUAGUAAUGGUAAGUAUGGUAAAAAGAUUGUGUAAAUGAGAUAUAAAAAACGAUAGAUAGAUUAGCAUAUGGAUUAGAUGAUUUUUCCAAAAUCAUAAAAGUUUGCAAAGAAGUAAAAGACUAAAGAUCGAUGGAGGUGAAAGAGGUUUGCGGAAUAAAAUAUGGAGAAUAAAAUUAUAUUAUAAAUGGUUCUAUUGAAUUAGUAAACUAUUUUUAUAUCAAAAAAGGCAGGAAGUUAUUUUGCCAAUAAUCCAAGAGGAGUGUGGAGUAUAUUUGGGAAACAAUAACCUAGGAAAGAUUCGAAUUUUCAAAUACUAUACGAGCAUUAUCUAAUGAAGUAUAUGAAGGAUGGAGUUAUUUUAAAAAUGUAUGUGUUUUUUCUUGCAGCAGACUUCCUUACUAUUAAGACUCGAAGAUUAUAGAAAACAUUGAAUAGUUAAAAUAUUUUGAAGAAAAAGGAUAUGUUAAAUAGAAUAAGAAGAGUGGCUUGUGGUUAUAUUAUUGGAAAGGAGAAUGCUUGAAUUCUGGAGGUAUAUAUGAUGAGUAGGGAAAUAAAGAUGGUUGUUGGAAAGAAGUGCAUGAUAAUUAUUAAGAGUAUUAGGAAUACUAAUUUAUUUUAGCAAUUCACAAGUUAUAUGUCUAAAAAAAUAUAAAAAUGGCUGUCAAAUAGGCCAAUAACAAAUAAUCUUUGAUGAAGAAAUAAUGUAAGAUUAGAAUAUUUAAGAAUAGUGGAGGAGGAGAGUUUUAAAAUGGAGAGAAAGUGGGAAAUUGGAAGGAAAUCCAUGAAAAAUUUUGUAGAGAUCUAUAAAUUAUAGAAAAAGGAAAUUAUAAAAUGGGCAAAAAAUUUGAAUAGUGGGAUGUUAGUUUCAAAAAUUAAAAAAUUGGAGGAGGAAAGUAUAAUUAAAAGGGCGAUAAGAUUGACAAAUGGAUUGAAUUGCAUGAAUGUUAUAAUGUGUAAGAUUUAUUUUACUAUUCAACAAGAUAUAGUCGUGUAUUUUAUAGUGGUAGAUACAAUGAAGGAAAGAAAAUUGGAAGAUGGAUAAUUAAAGAUAAUGAUGAAACAAUUGGAGGAGGAGAAUAUAGAGAUGGUAAUAAAUAAGGGUAAUGGACAGAAAUAUCAGGCAAUUUCUAAAAUUCUAGUGCGUUAUAAAUAUCUUAUGGAGCAUAUUUUAAAGGAUCUUAUGAGAGGGGCUAGAAAUAAGGGUUAUGGACUUUUUAAUUUGAUAAAAGAUAGUAAUAUUAUACUAAAAUUACAAGAGAACCCCAAGGUGAAUAUAUUGAAGGGCUAAAACAUGGCAAUUGGACAGAAUUAUCAACAAAUUUUAAUGAAAAUGAAUAAAUUGUUGCAAAAGGUGAAUACUAAAGGGGUUUUCGAAUUGGUGAUUGGAAGAUUAUUAGAAAUGCAGAAAUGAUGUUUAAAAAAUUAUAAAUUUUAGUGGUGGAGGAACUUAUGACAAUGGAAGGAAGGAAGGUUGUUGGAUUGAAUUAGAUGAGAAUUUUGAUUAGUAUUUAAAAAAAUUAAAAACAUAGAUCCAUAAUCUUAUUAAAAGGUGGGUAUAACUCAUAAGGAUUAAAAUUUGGAGAAUGGAGUAUUUAUGAUGGUUUAGUGAAUGGCAAUCAAAAUAUAAUUGGCGGAGGUUUCUACAAUGAUAAAUAACUUAAGAAUGGAAUAUGGGUUGAAAUUUAUGAUGGCUGCAAGGAUAGUAGAAUAUUAUUUAAAGGAUAGUAUUAAAACGGAAUUCGAGUAUCCGAAUGGCAUAUCUUGGAGACCAAAACCAAUAACAAAAUGUAUAAUUAAAAUCACAUUCUAUCUAGCGGUGGAGGGAAAUUUGAUGAUUUAGGAAGAAAAAAUGGAUCUUGGAUAGAAUUAGAUAUAAAUUAUUUUUUAAAUCGCAAAGUGCGAUAUGAAGGAAAUUAUUGUUCUGGAAGGAAAAGUGGAGUAUGGAAAGCUAGAUAUUUCGACUAUAAUAAUCAAAUUUUUGAAGUGUACAGUUUAUAAUUAUUUAGUGGAAAUGGACAGUAUGAUGAAAGUGGCAUGAAAACAGGAGAUUGGACAGAAUUACAUCAUUACUUUUCUGAUUUAAACAAAAUUACACUCGAAGGAUCAUAUUCUGAAGGUAUGAAAUAAGGCACAUGGAAGAUUUUUAACAGAGCCCGAGGCCAGUGUGCUGAACUAGGGAAGUAUGAUAAAAAAGGGCUCAAGGAUGGUGUAUGCGAAAUGUCAGAAACCUUAGAGGGAAGUAUAAAGUGCAGUAAACAUGAAUUCAAAUAUUAGGUUUUACUAACGGUAUUAGAAAGAUAUGAAAAAUAUAAUAAUAAUGAUGAAAUUAAUUGA